UAGGCGCCCGGCUGCGGAGCGCGGAAGAGGGCAGGGGGUCGGCGUGCCGUGGGCUGCGGCUGCCGGCGGACGUUCUCCACGCGCAGCCACCAAUAGAGCGGGUGCGCGGCCCCGGCCGGCGCGACCCUCCCUUCCCGCAGCCGUCGCCCCGGGCCGAAGGGCUGCCGUUUGCUAUAACAGCCUCACGCCCGGGGCCUGGGGCGCACGGAGGCUGCGGGCUCUCACUCGCCACCGGCCCGCUCCGUGAGGAGGAGCGCUGGGGCGGGCGAGGCUUACCUGCAGUCACCGCGCUGCUGGGCUGUGCGAGGAGAGCCCGCUGUAACAGCGGCGUGUUAAGGACGUCGGUUCCGUCACCGCGGGUGUGUGAGGACCGGGAUGGCCGGCUGGGUGCCCGCUGACGCGCUGGGCAGGAGAGUGCUGUGUGGCACGGAGUACGGCACCGUGCGCUACGUCGGCAGCGUCCCGCCUCAUGCAGGAAUUUGGCUUGGAGUGGAAUGGGAUGAUCCUCAGAGAGGAAAACAUGAUGGUACCUAUGAAGGAACGCAGUAUUUUAAAUGCAGGCAUCCCAGAGGAGGGUCGUUUAUCCGCCCAAACAAAGCAAAUUUUGGAGUAGAUUUUCUUACUGCAGUAAAGGGCCGGUAUGGAUUGAAUGAAAAACAAGAUGCUCAAAAUGGAAUAGAGAGUACGUGUGUAUUUGGAAAGAAGACCGUGGAAUUUGUUGGCAGAGAUUCUAUUGAAAAAAAACAAAGCCAGCUGCAUCGACUUGUACAUAUCUCAGUGCAUGAAUGCAUGGUGAGCCAUGCUGGUCAGAAAGAGGAAAUCAGUGGAACGUGUGCUAAUAUCAGACAUAUAGAUCUAUCAAAAAAUCUGGUGUCACACUGGGAUACAGUAAUAGAUAUUGCUUCUCAAGUUCCAAAUCUGGAAACACUUGAUAUCAGUGGAAACAGAAUGAAAUUUCCAUCUACAUCAAUUUCUGUAUCUAAUACAUUUUCAAAGUUGACAACACUGGCACUUAAUCAGACUGAGAUAACAUGGACAGAGGUUCUUCUUUGUGCUCCAGGAUGGCCAGUACUUGAAGAAUUAUACCUUACUUCAAAUAAUAUUUCAGUUUUGGAAAGGCCUGAUAAUGUCCUGCAGACCUUGAAACUGCUAGACCUUUCAAACAACCAGCUACUGGAUGGAAGUCAGCUGCACCUGAUAGGACAUCUCCCCAGAUUAGAACAGUUAAUACUUACCAACAAUGGAAUAUCUUCUGUACACUUUCCUGAUACUGAGUUUGGAUGCAAGACUAAAAUGUUUCCUUCCUUAAAACGCCUUGCAAUAAAUGACAAUAAAAUCUCACAGUGGUCGUCGAUCAAUGAGCUUGAUAAACUGCCAAGUUUGCAGGUACUGGAGUGUCGCAAUAACCCUCUAAUGGACACAGAGAAGAAUCCAGAGACCCUGAGACAGCUAAUUAUUGCCAAGAUAAGUCAAUUGGAGUUUUUGAACAAGUCUGAGAUUUUUCCUGAUGAGAGAAGAGGAGCAGAGCUUGAUUACCGCAAAAUAUUUGGGAAAGACUGGCUAGCAGCUGGAGGGCAUUGGGAUCCAGCGAGAAACAAACCCAGUAAAGAAUUUCUUGCUGCCCAUCCCAGAUACCUGUCUCUUUGCCUUAAAUAUGGUGCACCUGAAGAAGGAGAACUGAAGGGACAACAGCCUUUGACUCUGAAAAAUCAACUUUUGACUUUGACAAUUAAAUGUCCUGACAACCCUGAGCAGAAGCCUGUAGAGAAAAAGCUACCAGAGUCCAUGACUAUUCAAAGGGUCAAAGGAUUGCUCUAUCGCCUACUUAGAAUUCCUGGUUCGGAACUGAAACUGUCCUACGAAAGUUCUAAACUGAAAGGAAAAGAAGUUGAACUUGACAACGACUUAAAGCCUUUGCAGUUUUACUCAAUAGAAAAUGGAGACUCUGUGUUAGUACGGUGGUAAGAAGAGACACCCUUGGCAGACUGAAGGAAGAGCCAACACUGGAACUGCAGAAGCAUCAUGGACUGUCUGCAGACACCGUGUACAACCUGUGCCUGAACAUGGCUGGGAAAACGUGGUACCAGAGGGCUCAGUGGUAAUGCUGCCAGCUCCUAAGCUUAGUAGUGGUCUCCAUGAAAGCCUUUCCUUUUGAUUGCAGUGUCUUAUGUAAGAGAUACCAAAUAAAUAGCGCUUCAAUUCUUCAAUUAAAUAAAUCUCUGGGUAACCCUUUUGCCAUUAUUUUAUAUUACUUUCCCCCUGCAGCAGUGAGAAUUUGUAUUUUACUGAAGUGACAUCAGGAUCAAGUUGUGAUAUCUUUGCUUAUAAUAGCUCUAGGAUAAAACUAGUGCUGUGCUGAAAGAAGCUACUUACUCUGUUUUCACUUACUUCCAAAGAACUUAAAGCAAAUGAAAGUAAAUCAGCAGUAAUUGCAGAAAUAUCUACACAGCCUUAGAAUAUUUAAGGUCAAAAUCUGACAAACCAUAAUUCUACCUACAGUAUUAACAUACCACAGUAUAUAAAUAAGUUCUCAGCAUACUGCAGGGCAUUGCUAUUUAUUUUACAUUCUCUGCUGUGCUAUUCCUCAGUAGUAUUUUACUUCCAGUCGUGUACCCCCAGCUUUAUAAAUAGCACACUGAGCUGUCAGAAAUCCCGCCUCAUCAGGCUAGGUUUGUAGUACUUCAAGAUUUGGUAUUAGCAAACUUUGAUUUUAUUUUUUUAAUCUAAAAUGACAAUGGCGUAAACAAACUGAACAAGGUCAGAUAAAUCCCAAACGCUCGCUGUCUCAGCCCCUCCAACAGCAUGAAACCUGCUGCAGCACAAC